GCAGAGCUUUGGCUUGCUUCAGCAGUGGAUGUGAGCCGGGGGCUGCGACUGGUCUCAGACAUCAUGCAGGACACAUUGGCGGGGAUGCAGCGCACAGGCAUGCCUGCCUUCAGCAGUCAGGACCUGCCUGAUCUGUGUUUCACAGUUCUGGAGGCUCUGCACAGCAACCCCACGUUCCAGGGCUGCUUGACUCGAGGUGUGUCCCCUUAUAUUUUAGCCGCUCUUUUUCAGUAGUUUGACUUCAAGAAUGCGCGGAGUACCUCUGUUAUCAUGCCCGCUCUAGCAAGGCAGAAUCACUUUGGCUUGGCCGUCUUGCAAGCACUUCCAGAUGCGGCACCCAAACUUCAGACAUGCCUGGAAAGAAUGUCUACUACUUUAUAUUCUGCAUGUCCUGUAUCUACAGCCAAAUCAGCUUGCUUAGAGUUUCGGCGGAUUCCACUGUUCCUAUUGCAGGAGGCAGUCUGACCGCCGUUGCCAUAGUUGGCGCUGGAGUGCUCCUGUCUGAGAAACCAGAGCUCGGCUCAUGGCCUGGAGUCCUCUCAAUCCUAUCAGACUUUGGAGGCCACCCGCAGCAAGUAAUUCUGGCGCAGAUCAAGACAGUCAUGAUGUCCGUGCUGAGCUAGAAAGACCCAUGCAGAGCUGUGCUUCUAUCUACUACCUACUGCCUUUGAUGUGUUGCCAGAUGAUUCUGGCAAAAUAAUAGGCUGCUAGAUGUAAGAGGUAAAACCCCGUCCAAUGUGGACAGCAAACAUU